UCAACGACCAACCAAUCCCAUGACGUUGCAUUGUGAUACCGAUAGUAUAGUACACGUGUAAAUUACCCGCCGUUUGUUGAUGUUCCUGAUCUGCAUUCAAAGCAAAGAUUUCUAGAGGGAUUGAAUGCCGUGGGUUACUUCGAUUAGCUGGUAGCGGAUCUACACACUACACAACUAGAACGCCUUAAAUCACCAUGCAGUACCAGUGGCUGUUAUCCAUCAUUGUCCUUGCGUUAGCAAUACUUUAUGCUUCGGCGUACAAGCCCACAAAAUUUGGAAAAGAGGUUGUAUGUGAAGGAUGUCAUGCAUUUGUCGCAGAGUCGGCCAAGUUGAUGAACAGAAAGCACACAUCUAGAGAUAAGAUUGAAACACAGAUAAAAGAUGCGCUCAAGAGAACCUGUGACACCGAGCAUCUACGCGCCUAUGAGUUCAGCCCUCCUAACAUGAAAAAAGUCUGUGACUAUUGGGCAACUGAGUACAAGAAAGAGAUCACGCAAGUCUUCAAGGAGUAUUCAGAUCCGGAGGAGCGAGAGAUUGCGUUAUGCUUUGAUGUCACGGACGCUUGCAUUGGCGUUGAUCGAUCCAAUUUCCGCAUCAAUAAAUACAAGGGUCCGUCUCGAAAGGCCGUCCGUGAACAGACGGGCAAAAGCAAGAUGACCGGAAAGAAAAAGGAAAGUGCCGAUGAUGAGAAAGAAAAGGCUAAAAAAGAAGAGCUGUAGCCACUGGGUUUGCAUCGACUGGUGAAGCCAUGAAGAGGACAGUUAUGGCAAAGAGUAAACAUGACAUCAGUGAUGAACUGUGAUCGUCAAUCGUCUACACAAGAAUUGGUCCACAUCAUUACAUUUGGAAAUCAAGAGAUUCAUUUGACACUUUUUGACAAGAGGUCACUGGAAGCGGACUGACUAGUCUUGAUUCAAGGCUGUGUUCAGGAUUUAUUCCCCUAAUGCAGACAGGCCUAAUUUCUGGCAAGUGUGGUCACGCCGCCUCGGUUUGUAUCUAUCAACAGGAUGAAUCCAGCCCAGGCUUUCGAACUUUGGCAACGGGGGCCAAGAAAUUCCAAGAAUACCUUUGAGCACACUGUAUUGAAGCUAAUGUGCUCUUGAGGUAUUCUCAGAAUUUCUUGGGUUCAAUUAAAGGUCGAGUAGAUCCUUUGCAGCUAUCCAAAAAGUAACCAACAAGAAUAUUGUUGAAAAGCUUACUUGGUUUCAAGACAAUAAUGGCACUAAACUCCAUGUGAAAUUAAUCUUUCUGGCAUGCUAUCACUUUGACGAAAACAAUUAAAGGUCAUUUCCAAAGAUGCGUCUAACAACGCAUUUUUGACAAUUUCCGUUAGUAGUAGGUUUGUAAGGGGGCGAAUUCGUAAACGAGUGUGCGCAAACGUUGACACGACACACGCGCACACGGUUGGUAUUAUUUGUUGAUUCCGUGCGUGACAUUGCAUAGCUGCAAUCAGCUGAAUGAGAACGUGUCCCGGAUGCUGAUUUCGGGCGCAAUUCAAAACAUGACACUGCAACUUUUGAAUUGAAGUGGAGAUCCUAGAAUAUUGUUUUCUUGGAAUAUACAGCAUUCACUUAGCUAAAAGUUCUUCAGGUUAGUUGUAAAGCACCUAGAUUUUGAGCACUUUAGUUGCUUUAAACAAAAAAAUAUGCAAAUGACAAAUGAUCUACCUUUAGGUAGCAAAGUUCGUAAGACGUGACUCCCAUUGAGAAAGUUCUCUACAACCGUGGUGGCUUGAUUGCAGACACCAGAGACCAGCUGCAUUUACAAAUCCAGUCUUUGACUUAACAGUGAGGUAUGACAAAAAGGGAUUUGCAAAUAAACGAUCUGAAAUCUGAACAUGGAAUAGAUUCUGAAUUUGGGAGGAGAGGUGUUGGGGGAUGGCAAUGAUAAAAGUUAUCAUGUACACAUUUUAUGAUUGAUACAAUAUUAUGAUUGAGACGUUAGCCAUUUGGUUAAUAAACCACAUACAGUUCAACAAUUACCUCGUAUGCAAUUUCCAUUGUAGGUGGUGCAGCAGAUAAUGGCAACAACUCAGUAUUACAUAAAUACAUUAAUUGUGCCUUGCAUGUGUGUUUUUAAAUAGGAUUAAGUCCUGAAAUUUGCAGUAUGUGCUGCUUACAUAAAAUUUCAGAAAAAAAAUUGGGUGUUGUACCUAUCCGAGCACUUCCGUAUAACUGUACAUUAAAGUAGGCCCCGAACAAUGGCAGGGGCAUUGUGCCAGAAUUGUUAAGGAAAAUGCGUCACGGGGCAGUUGCUUUGUACCAUACAGUAGCUGACUCAAUGCUAUCGCCAUUGAAUUGGCCUUCCAGAAUGUACAGUCAUAGCGUGCGCGAAAUGGUCUAUACAAUGUGUAUACUAUUCUUUUAUUAUAAUUAUAAUAAUGUUCUGCUUAAUUCAGUCUUUUUACUUAAGUGUCAAAGCACUUAACAGUUAUUACCCCUGUUCAUCAGGCCAUGAGGCCAAUUUUCUACAGCAGCUCGAGAUCAGCGCAGUCUGGUCUCUACCUUCACAGGUACCCAUUUAUACUCCUGUGUGGAGAGGCAAUUGUUGUAAAGUGUCUUGCCUAAGAACACAAGCUCCAUGUUCCCCUGCCCAGGUAUGAACCCACGUACCGUUGCACACACAAGUCGGAUACCGUAACCAUUGAACCACAGUACUUCUACGUCUAGUAAAAUAUAAGUGUAAGAGCCCACUUAAAUAUUAAUUUAUGCACCCUAAUUUAUAUGCAGUAUCAGUGCUAUCCGUUAUUCUAAUCAUAGCAUUUCAAAUCAUUUCAUUUUGAAAUUCUGUUAAUUGAAAUUAUUUAAUUUGUUUUUAAUUAACUUUCUUUUUAUAAUUGUCACAGUACUUUAUCAAUGAGUCCUUGAAUCAUGUGGAAAAUAUAUUUUUAUAUAAAUUUGAAAAAAAUGUUUUGUAAUUAUUGGCAUUUGUAAUUUAUUGCAAAUUAAUGAAGGUGAUUAUACUUUUGUAUCUGAUUUGCUCUGAUUAUUUAAUCUGUUUUUAGUGAAUUGUAGUGUUUUAAAAUGUGUUCCAGGAAAAAAAGUGAGUGACUUUUUAAAGUUUUAUUUUGGGAUUGCGAUUGUUGGCAAAUGUUCAAUAAAUGGCGAUGAUAAAAAGUGAUUUUUAACCUUUAAAAA